AAACUUUAACUAACACAAUUUGGUCCACUAUUUUAUACAACACCUUUCUAAUAUAAAGAUUGAUGAAAAUCAUUUAAUUAAAAUUCAAGUAGGCUGAUGAAGUAUGAAUUAGACAGCUGGAAUUAGCUAUUUUGCUAUGUAAACCCGUUUUCCGCUUAAGUUUUGUUUUCUUUCAGUUCCAGAUUCUGUUACUGUCAAUGAAUAGCAAAAAUUCUGUCGUGACAGACAAGCAACAGGCCUAAUGGGAUUCACUGGUUUAUUACUGGUCAAUGUUUAAAGCACUUACAGUCACUUAAAGGCAAAUGUGUUCGACACAGCAAUUUUCUAUUCGAGUCGUGUGGGGGACAGGCCUGCUUACUAUGUCUGCCCCCGUUGUAGUGAUUAUUUAUACCCCAAUAUAUCGACACAGCCUCAUGGGCAACAAGAGCAUUAAUAAUUGGUAACUAGUAAAGUGGCAGAGCUCAAACUGUCAGUUACUAGUCUAUAACAUCAGUUUCUCUUACAGUGACGUGUCAGAACCUUUUUGUUAAGCGCUUAAUUUUUACUUUCCUGCUUGUCGUUUUCAUUCUGUAGAGAUAAAUCUCUUGAUCCGCAGGAUGUUCCCCCGCAGCACACCACCCGGAGACCGGUUACAGUUCUCCCGGGACAGAUACCCGCCCUAUCCUGCCCCACGAGUUUAUGAUUACAGUCAUUCUAUGAGGUUUACUGGUCCUGCUCAACAAAGGUUUCCUCGGUAUGAAUGGGAACCUUCAACAGCAGCACAUCCUUACACAGACCCUAUCCCCAACAGACGCAAGAGGCAUAAAAAUGACUAUAGCCCAGAUGUUGGGAAACGACAACGCAUUGACUCUAUUCCUGAACCAAGAAGAGGUUCCCCGUAUGUUCGGACUCCUCAUCUUCGGCCUUGUCAUGAUGAGGAAGAGGCUGGUUUCUUGAGAUUUUCUAAUGGUUUUGACCACAACUGUCACAGCCAAAGCUCAGAGGAGCUCCCUGAGGUUCUUAUUGUCCCACAUAUUCCAGACAGCUUGGACAGCUAUGCUAGAGACAAGCUGGGUUUUCAAAUGGUGGAGCUGUUUGAGGCCUGUGAGCAACGAAUGUCAGAUCUGACCAGGAAAGAGUCUUGCCGAGUGCGGCUUCUGCAAGAUAUACGAUGCAUCUAUGCAGCUGCCAAUCUGUACCUUACUGGUUCCUCUAUGAAUGGUUUGGGCUGCAGGACCAGUGAUGCUGAUCUGUGUCUAGUAAUUCAGACAAGAAAUAAAGGGGAUGCAAUUUCUAUACUCUCUGUCCUCCAAAGGAUGUGUCAUUCACUCUCCUACAUACACAGGACCCAGCUCAUCAGAGCCAAAGUUCCCAUACUCAAAUUCACAGACAAAGAAAGUGGUGUGGAGUUUGAUCUGAAUGUAAACAACACUGUGGGCAUCAGAAACACAUUCCUUCUGAGGAGUUACGCUUACGCUGAUCUGAGGAUACGACCCUUGAUACUUGUCAUUAAGAAGUGGGCACUACAUCACUGCAUUAAUGAUGCUAGCAAAGGCACAUUAAGCAGCUACACACUGGUACUCAUGGUUCUGCACUACCUCCAAACUCUUAAGGAACCGCUCCUUCCAUCUCUACAGAAAGAAUAUCCAGAGUAUUUUGAUCCUUUCAUGGAAAUCGACAUGGUACCAGAGGGACCCAAACACAUCCAGCCCUACGUCUCCAGAAACAAGUCAUCUCUGGGGGAACUGCUUCUGGGCUUUCUGAAAUACUACACCACAGACUUCAGGUGGAAUGAGCAGGUGAUCUCUGUUCGAGAGGCUACAGCUUUUUCCAAGGGUAACUCAAAGGAGUGGAGAAAUAAAUUCAUAUGUGUGGAAGAGCCAUUUGAAAGAAACAAUGUUGCCCGAGCUGUCUAUGAGAAGGUCAAGUUUGACGCCAUCAAAGCUCGGUUUGCAGAGGCGUGUCAGAGACUACACAAGUCCAGAGACUUAAGCUCAAUCAUCCCAUUUAGAGCCAUCAUCAACAGAGAGUCACGUGGGAGAUAAAAAAAAUCUUCUAGAGACCAACUGGCUGGAGUCUUCUACCUCAAAACAUCUCUGGGCCAGAGACAAGAAAUAAACUUUUAAAGCUUGUCAUUAAAAGUAUGGAAAGAUGAUGCGCUGAAACAGGAAAACAGUGGUCUGUGUUGUUAGAAAGGUUAAAUGCAGCAAGGAUGAAGAGCAGUGUAAAAACCAAUGAUAAUGUAAAGUCACACUUGAAAUUUGCCCAUUAGAUGUACGGUGUGUGUUGCUGAGAUGACAGCAGCCGUCUCAGCAGAUUCUCAGCCUUGACUCUCUCUUCUGUGCCUCAUGUCAUACAAGCACCUCUUCUUUUCUUUAGUGAGCAGGAAAGCAUUUUGUAAAUUUGAAGCUGUUUGUAUAUGUUAACUGUGUUCUCACAAUGAUUAUAUGAGGAUUUUGGUUUCCCAGCAGCCUUGCCCUCUUUUAUUUCACCUGACCAUAUUAUUUAUUUAAAAACAUUGAUCAUUGGUAGAUUUGGCUUCUUGAGUGUAAAUUUUCAUUUGAUGUUUUUUUUUUCUCGUGCUUUAUUGUACUUUUUCUGUUACGUUGUUGAUUUUUAAGUGCUUGUUUAAAAAUAAACAUUUGAGUAUG